CUCACACACUCCAAAAGUUUCCUCGCAACGCGACAGACGCGUUUUUCCUUUUCUUCUGAAGAGCAAAAAAAAGUGCGUUGUUUUUUGUUCCGAAAAACCAAAACAAGGAAGCGAAAAAACCCGCACGCCAUGGCCGGUCACAAUCUGCAGGACGAGCGGGUGCGCACCGAGGACGUCGAGUUCGACCGCAGCCUCCGGUUCGAGCAGAUGUUCCUGUCGGAGGCGGUCGUCCGGGGGCUGUCGCGGAACAACUUUGUGAUGCCGUCCCCGAUCCAGGCACGUGCCAUCCCGCUGGGGAAGCUGGGACUAGAUUUGCUGGUGCAGGCCAAGUCCGGGACGGGCAAGACGUUGGUCUUUUCGGUGUUGAUUUUGGAAGGGCACAAUCCGGACGUGCCGUUUCCGCAGUCGUUGGUGGUUGUGCCGACGCGGGAGAUUGCGGUGCAGAUUGAGCAGGUGUUGAAUAGGAUUGCAUACUCGAUGGCGAAUUUCCGGGCGAAGAGCUUCAUCGGCGGGUUGGACAUAGUGCAGGACCGGAAGAAUCUGCAGAACUGCACGGCGGUUGUGGGAACGCCGGGGAGGAUUUGGCACCUGAUCAAGAGUGGCGUGCUGAACAUGAGUCACAUUAAGAUGCUGGUUCUGGACGAGGCGGAUUCGCUAAUCGCUGGAACGCUGCAGUCGGAUGUGGACCAGAUCAUUAAGGCGGUGCCGAAGAAGCGGCAGACGUUGGUCUGCAGUGCAACGUUUUACAAGAAUCGCGAUCGCGAGCUGCUCAAGUACAUGAAGGAGCAGUUUAUCGGGGUGACCCCGAAGAAGGAGGUCCCCGUUCUGCAUGGUAUCCGCCAGUUCGUCCGCGAACUCCCGGAAGCCAAGGAUAACAUCAAGGAGAUGAUGGCCAAGAUCCACGAGCUGGACUCGAUCUUCAAAAAGCUCCCUUUCAGUCAGUGUCUGCUCUUCACCAACUCGCAAACCAAGGCCGAAUCCUACAGCAGCCAGCUGACCCGCAUCGGAUGGCCAACGGAGGUCAUCCGCGGUGGCCAGGAGCAGCGAGUUCGCCUCAAAACGGUGGAGAAUCUCAAGCAGUUCCGCUGCCGCAUCCUAUCCGCCACGGACGUGAUCGCGCGCGGUAUCGACGCCGAAAAUGUCAACCUGGUCAUCAACGUGGACGUUCCGGUGGACAACAUGGUCUACCUGCACCGCAUCGGACGUGGCGGCCGGUUCGGCACUCAGUCCCUCGCAAUAACUCUGACCGCCAAGGCAAAGGACACGGAAAGAUUCAGGAAAAUCCUGUUUGAUAUUGGCGGCAACGAAAUGUUCGUCUAUCAAUUGCCCAAAGAGGAGCUCGAAGAGCUCUGGAACUUUAACGAAUACGGCGAGCGGUACCCGAAAUUCUACGCCUCCAAACUAGAGCAGGAGAUCCGCGACAGCGGUCUAGCGCCGAUCGCCGAGGUGGACUCGCGAACCGAACUGGAUCGCGCCUCGGCUGAAACGCUUACCGACAGUCUGGACCUACCGGCGAAGACGUCGUCCGGCGCCUUCGAGGUGGACUCGAUCGAGAAACUUCAAAGCCCCAAAAAGGAGGAAACUGCCGCUGAAGACGAGCAGGACGGCGAAGAACUCGUCGAACGAAUCAUUCCCAUGGAUGAACAGGUUGAGGAGGUUGGCGAGAGACAGCAGGAAACGCUGUCCGUUUGCGAUGAGGAUUUAAAGCGGAUUGUCAAGCCGUCAGCGACGGCGGACGCCCUGUUUCUUGCGGCGAUGGAGAAGCUCGAGCUGGACGAGGAUGAGGAGCAACCGGAGACGAGCAAGGUGGACUCGCCGGAAGUCGCUGAAAAGGACGAAUCCUCGCCGAAAGCUGCCGCCGCUGCCGUCGACGAGGUCGACAAGCUGUUCCUAGCAGCAAUGGAAAAGUUCGACGAGGAUGAUCAACUCGAAGAAGUGAAACCCGCCCUGGGGCAGCAGGUCAACGGCAUCGAGUCGGAGGUGGUCAACGAAAUGUUCCUAGCAGCUAUGGAGAAGGUUGACCAGGAUGAAACGGCGAAUGGUUCCGACGAGCAACAGGAGCAAGAUGCGGUGGCGGACAAGUUGUUCCUUGCGGCGAUGGACAAACUGGGCUUUGGAGAUUCCGACGAUAAACCUGUCGAUUUGAGCAAGAAGAAGGAACUUUCGCCGGCCGUGAUGGACAAGUUUGAUUCGGACGGGGAUUCGCUGGACGCGGCUUCCGGGCGGCGGGAUUCAACGUCCAGCUGUUCGACGCCGGAAUCGCCGUGCUCGUCGGACAGUUCGUUCAGCUCGAACGCCACCAAGAAGGUUGAAGUUGGUUCGAACUUUACCACGCCGAACUCGCGCGUGCAGGAAAUCCGUGGUGCUGGACCGGCUCACCAGAUCAGCUCGUCCACGUCGGACAACUCCGAGCUGAGCCAGCUGUCCGAGUCCGGAGGCGCUGGAGGCGUUUGUGUUCCGGCCGAAUCGAACUGUCUCCCGCUGGAGGUCAACAACGAUGCUCUUUUCGCGAAGAUCAUGGAGCAGAAGGAACUCGAAGCCGAGCAUCAUCUGCAGCGUCCGUUCCAGUUCUCGAUUGACGGAUGCAGCCUCGAGGUUCACGACGAUCCGAUCAGCGACCGCGACAUCAACUCGCGCAAGGGUUCCGUCCCGGACGUCGUCCCCAGCGGAAUAACCCUGGACCCAUCUCGACUCCAGAACCGACCACCAUCGGCCCUCGCAGCCGCCAUCGAACAGGACGAAUUGGCCACCUUCGAUCUAAACUCCAACCACGGUUCCGUCUUCGAACAUGACGAAGGCGAAGAAGCGGUCGUCCCGCAGGAAAAUCGCCCGAAGCGAAUCCGCUUCCAGGACGGCAGCGUCUCAAACGGCAGCGGCGGCGACUCGCUCAGCAUGAAAUCCAACUCGAACCGAGCCCAAGGCGAACCCGACCCGGACCCCCUCGCCCUGCCACCCAUCGUGGACGCCACCGUCGACGGAACGGAAGCGAACGAGGACGCCAGCUCGUACUCGUCCGAGUACGACAGCGAAUCGUCCAACUCGUCGUUCUUUGACCAGCGGGACGAGCACUGGGAAGCGGCGGCGGCUGCCGCCUCAUCGGCAGCGGUUCAAACCGAAGAGCAUAGCUUGAAAGUGCCGACGAAGCGACCCAAGGUCAGCAAGCGGGCCACCGGGGCGUACCAUCGGACGUACGCCACCUGGUCCAACCAAUACUGGAACCAGAUGACCAUGAUUCGGGAUUAUGCGCGAUUUACGGCUUACGCAAGGCAGGGCAACUGAACUAAGCAAGAUUUAGUUGAGCUGAAUUGAUUAAGUUAUUUUUCCGUUGACUUAAGAAAGAGAGAGAGAGAGAGCGUGAAUUCUGACACAGAUGUGAUGUUGUAUUCUUAACUACCUUAUUUUAGCUGUAAGUUUUUUCCUUUUUUAUUGUUUUUUUUUCUUGCCAAGGAGGCACUUUUUGAAUUUUGAUCUGCAAAACUUGAAAUGUAAGACAUUCUAGCAGUACUAAUAAACGUUACAGGUGAAAUUAAC